AUGCGGCGUGUGGCUGCGAGGGCGGUGCCGCCGCUGGUAUGCGGCGCGACUCACACUGCGCUCAGGCGGCACGUGGCCGCGAACAACGGCACGACGACGGAGCUGCAGGUGUCCGACGGGGCGGACUUGUGCUCGCCCUUCCUCGAAUCGCUGCUGGAUCCGCCAACGAGAGUUGUGCUCGAGGACGCAACACGCACGUACAGCACGAUGGACGUGGUGGAUCCGCCGGUGCGGUACGACCCACACACACCUAACGUGGAAGCGUCGCCGUCACUACUUGAAGAGGAAGAGGGAGCCGCUGCAGAUGGCCCUGUUGCCUCUGCACAUCGUGCAGGAAAGCUAUGGUCCGUUUUUAUGGAUGCAGCCGCGGACGGCAGUGAACCCCCAGUGUGGUUCUACAAGCUCUGCGAGGACUUAUAUUACCGGCGAAACAGCGAGGAUGAGAUGGAUGCGGCGGCGUUGGCUGGCGAUGUGAUUUCGCAGCGCCACUCCACUUCUGCAGACACCGUGGGCGCCGAAGACGACACCGACAAUAACAACAACAACAACGAGGACGAUGGCGUUGAUCCGUACUUGUGGUUGCCGUUCAAUCUACUGGAUGAGGCAGACUACCGCGUCGGCCCCUACCAUUUUGCAAGCACAGCAACGUAUACCCACGAGCAGCGCACACUGUUGUGCUUGGGCAAUACACGCAAAGAGUAUGUGCACUUCUGCAACACAUACGCCUUCCCUGAAAGGGUGCAGAUGCCAACCUCUUUGGGGACACAGCCAGCUAAGCUGUAUGUGGACCCGCUGCAAAAGGCACCGGUGGUUUACAUUCAGCUCAGUGACGAUUUCCCACCCGCCAUGUGGCUGCCUGUAAAGGGCACCGCUGCUGCUGUUCGCCGCGUGCUGUCAGAGUUUGCCUCCAUGGCAACAUUGCAUCGUGAUUGGCACCAUAAAGACUUUGAGGAGCGCUUUGCGACAGCUAGGCGGCUGUUGGAGCUGCAGCGUAUGCCGUCGAGUGACAGUGAUAUUCUGCGCUUCAUGGCAUAUGACGCGCGCAACGCACAGUUCGUGUUUGCACCGAUUCGCGAGUUCCCCAAUCAACAGGAAUUCUUUCUCGGUGAAUACGACGACCCGGAGCGCUUCAUGGAGCACAUUGAUCUCUGCCCCUUCCUCUUUGCUAUCCCGCACAUGCGAACCGUAACGGACCUACACGCUGAGCACAUGACACCCACAAUCGAGGGACCCGGCGUUGCCACGUCGCUCUACCGCUGCGUCUUCUCCAAGGCCCUUCUCUUCGUGCAGGUGCAGCUCUCCGCGGAGGUGAAGCUCCCUCCACAGGACCCAGAGGCGUUCCGAUUCAUGUGGAAGGACUCUCAAGUGGUGCCAAAGAUGCACAUCCCCGUGUUUGUGCGUGUGGUGUGGCCAGACAAUGAGCGCAUGUGCGGUGGCGGCCAACUAGUGCGCCGCUUUAAUCGCCUCUUCAAAACGGAGUUCGCCCACGACAUCCCCAUUGAUGCGGUGAUGACACUCCUGUACGUCAUGCAGUGGGCAAAGCAGCUACCGAGUUUUCUCGGUGUGCGUGGUAUGCGACAGCGCCUCGCUGAACUGGAGGCGGCGGCAAGGUUGCCGGAACGAGCGCUGUUGUACCCGGCCACGCGAGAGAUUCCUAACCCCGAGUACACCAUUGCAGAACGCCUCGGUAUGCAUGUGCAGUAUCUGGCGCAGCUUGGCGACCCCGACAUCGCCGCAACAAUACAGCGUCUUCUGCCAGAGGCCUCUGCACCUGUUCGCAUGGGGUGUGCCAAGGCGGCACUCAUCGCCGGGGACAGAGAACUAUUUCGCCACAUUGUUAGUAGCGAGCCACCUGGGCGCAUGCAAACAUACAUGACGAAGCUCGUGAGGAAGCGCAAAUCGCGAGAUUUGGUUGACCCAGAGCCGCGUCUGCUCGAGGAACAGUAUGAGUUUGCGGCCCCACUCUGGACGAAGCGUGGUACACGCAUUGACAACAACACUCUGGAGGGCGCGGUAGAUCUUCAGGGCAGGCUUGGUGGAUAA